UGAAAGCUGCGAUCCUGCUCCUGCUCCUCUGCCUGUGCACCUGGGCCAUGACCCCCACCGAAGGCGGUAUCCCAAAGUGCUGUGUGAGAACAUCCAAGCAUAUUCCUCCGCAUAUAAGGUCCAGGAUUUGGAGCUGGCAAGUGCAGCACAGCAAUGGCGCCUGUGAUAUCAACGCAGUUAUACUGUAUGUGGAGGGCCGGACCAAGGCCCUAUGUGCCCACCCCAAAGUGAUACAAAUGCUGAGGAGGAAUCUGAAGACAAGCAAAGCCAGAAUACUAAACACAGUUUAACCAAAUGCUGGAUUGAAAAAACAAAAAGCCUUCUGGGGGGGGGGGGUUCUUACAUUACAUUGCUUUCCUCCCCUACUUGGUGUUUUUAAGAGUCUGCACUGUAAAGAAACUGUCAAGGAUUUAUACAUAAUCAUUCAUAUAAUCAGCUGUACGAAUAAAUGUCUUUAUAAUAAAACAAAUU